ACUCAACCAACCCACAUUGCUUUGAACUUUUGAGUCUUCCGUGUUUCCUUAUCAGCUUGUUCUGCUCCAUGCCUUUCGUCUCUUUUGUCGUUUGAAAAAUAUAUAAAUAGAUGGCACAGUUUUCCCUUCUUGUUGUGUGCUUUUUAUUGUGAUUUUGGGUUAUUUUUUCUUAUCUUCGAUGGUUGGAUUCCCGACUAAAAUUUUUCCAUUCUAAUUAUAUCAGAUAUUAAAAAAUUCAGUUUGUUCAAAAUGCUCAAACUUGUAUUGCAAUUGGCUUUCUUGGUUUGUUCCGCACAUGGGGUGGCAUUUAUGGAAGCAUACAAGCAAACAAUCAAGAAAACUGGAGAAUAUUUUCCAUUAAGCCUUGUCACAGGAAUUUCAUAUUAUACAAUUACGAGUGACAACCCCAAUGAGAAGGUUGUUCUGUCAUAUGCCAUGCGAGUUGGAGUGAACGAAGACAAGCUACUUGCGUAUUAUUAUGUAUACGAUGGUGAUAAUAUUAAUAAUGCGACAAUGAUUGGAAAUCUGGAUACCAUUGGAGGAAAAAUCACUGUUUCUUCUGGAAGAUCAGUGACAAUCGUCAAUUUUUACGGCGGCACAAAAUCAAACUCGUACGCUCUUGGAAACGAUGCAUCCACUGUUCAAGGCUAUGAUAAAUACACAGUUUUAAUGACAUCGAAAGGAACAACCGCAUCUGGAAAUAUGACUUCUCUGGCUACAAACGGUGGUCUCUAUACAUUUAUCUGCGUCGAUUGCUCAACAUUUUACUACACACAACUCCGUUUUGACAGUAUGACGCCGGUUUCCAACCGUGCAUAUGUCACAUUCCAAGGGAUGACACCAACUCAUAAAAAAGAGAAAUUAAUCAAAUAUGAGUCAGUUUUGCUAAAUUGGCAUAUACAUUGACCAUACAAAUGUCAAUUUUUGAGUAAUUAUGCAAAACUUGUAGAAGGCGUAAUUUCACAAAUCAGUCUCAGAUACUGAAUCUUAAUUCAAAAAGAGAUUUCAUAAAUCAGUCAGUAAAACCACAUGCGUUUCUUCUAAAUGGAUCAGAAAAAAGUAUGGUUUUUAGCCUUUGUUUCUAGUAAUUUGUACAAAAAUGUUUAAUUGUCGUUACAUGGUAUUAAACCGUUAGUUAGUUUUUAUUUCUCACACGUACGAUUUAUUCUUUGACCGGACUUUAACCGGACACACCUGCUCAAGUAGUUUACAAAAGGGGUCCAAAAACUUGGUCCAAUCUCUAUAUUGUGGGAAGUCUAUUCGGUGGUUGAAAUUUUAUUUAAGACGAAGUAUGACCUUACGGUUUCGAAAUCGAAUUAAAAUAUUUUAAAAGAAAUUCAAAAAAAUUCAAAUAUCAUAAUGAAUUGUUUCAAAGAGAUUUCUGCUAAAUUGUUUGAAAUUUGAAAUGAUUUAUUAUGAUAUUUGGUCAUUUGGUCAUAGGAAUGAUUUUCAAUUGUAUUACCUCUGACCGUAUUGCACCUCAAAAUACGAUAAAGUAAAUUAAAAAUUUCUGAACUUACUUACUUACUUAUUAUUUAUUCGCAAAAAUCUGUUCAUUUUGCGUGAGACGAAGUGAUAGAGUUUUUACAGCUGAAUACCAUUUUCAGUAUGAUGACUGUCACGGAUAAGUAUUUCCCACAAAUGAUGCCAUCUAACAUCAUCACACUCAACGUGUACCUGGCUCGAGUUGGAUUCAUGUUCAACAAUGUAAAUGAUGAUACUCAAUGGAAGAAAGCAUACGAUGGCCGGAAAGGAAUGAUUUUCUCACCAAACUUGUGGAUGUCGACUCCGAACAGUUUCAGCUACGAGAUUCGAGAUGAUUCACAGAUGUAUAACUUUGCGGUUACAAUAAAUAAAAUGAGUUUCCCCGCGAGUAGCGAUAAGAUGACUUUGAUAAUCGGUCCUACUACCGGCAACCCAACUUUGAAUAAUAUGUACCCGCGUGAUCAAAGUUCAACGGGAAAAGUUUCUUAAAAUGGAAACUAUCUGAAAAUUGGCCUAAGUGCAACAGUUGCAGCUGAUGUUCGACUUCAAUUUGAGAUGUCCAAAUCUUCAUUUUCAAUCGGAAUUCUGCCUGCUAUCUUUUUGACAAUUGUCAAUGUUUUCUAAUUGUUUUCAUAUGUUAUUUAUCGUUUUAUUAUUAU